AUGCCCCCGAUCAAUACGCAUAUUUAUAUGCAUCCGGAACAUUCUCAACAUUCAAUUCUCUCUCCUGUAUCCACUGUUCCGUUCCCUAGGGAUCCAGAUUUUGUUACUCAGGGAACGAUUCUUGAUAAAAUCGAUCAAAAGAUCGCUCAAAACAACCCAGGAAGCGGCUCUAGAUUCGCACUUGUUGGAUUAGGCGGAAUCGGGUGGGUGCUCUUGAAAAAAUGGUCUCGCAGUAUUAAAUGUCUAACAAAUGAAAGGAAAUCCCAACUUGCUAUUGAAUACACAUAUCGUAUACGAGACCGGUCACCGGAAACGUGGAUCCUUUGGGUUCACUCAAGUAGUGCCGUCCGUUUCCAACAAAGUUGUCGUGAAAUCGUUGACCGGCUAGAUAUCCCUAGUCGCCAAACCACCAACGCAAAUAUAUUCGAACUCUUCCGAAGGUGGCUUCAAUAUUCCGGCACACCAUGGGUUCUAGUACUCGACAGUUUGGAUGAUGACGAUUUCCUUCAUCGGAUGUCACCGCCAGAGAAGAGAGAGCGAAAAAGUGAUUCGAGUGGCACAGUGAAGUCUCCAAUUUGGGACUUCUUUCGUCAUACAUUACCCGGGUCAAUUCUUAUCACGAGCCGAAGCAAACGAGUUGCAUUGCGCUUAGUUGAAGAGGCUGAUAUUUUCGUGGUUGAGCCAAUGGAUGCGGCCAGUGCAACAGCACUGCUGAAGAAAAAGCUUGGACCGGAGAUAGAGAAACGUGAAAAGAAAUGA